AUGUAUCGCACAAUCGAUUCCACCCCUCUUGGAGAUGUCCGAUGGCAAUGCUUCACCAUGCAAUAUUCCCAAGACAAUCUUCCCCAGCCAGCAAGCAGCGCACCGACCUGGAUGACAGACAGCCACGAGGUCUGGUACCGAGAUGUCCGCAUGAUCGUGAAGAGCAUGCUCAGCAACCCUGACUUCAAGACGCAGCUGGACUACGCACCCCUCCGGGAGUUCUCCGCCGACGGCAGUCGUCAACUCAGGAACUUUAUGAGUGGCGAGUGGGCGUGGAGACAGGCGGUACGUUGUGCAUAUCGAUCCACAAUGACAAAGACGCUGACCUCCGCCUGCCACCUUCAGGAUAUCCUCGCGAGGAGCCCGGACAAUCACGGAGCGAUGUUCGUUCCCAUAGUGCUUGGUAGCGACAAGACCACCGUGUCGGUUGCCACUGGCCAGAACGACUAUUACCCGCUCUACGUCUCCAUCGGAAAUGUUCACAACACCGUUCGCAGGGCCCACAAGAAUGCAGUCGCGCUCGCCGCAUUUCUCGCGAUCCCCAAGGUAUUGCGAAAAUACAAAGAUGACGCAGUCUUCCGCAAGUUCCGACGACAGCUAUUUCACUCCUCUAUCUCCCGGAUCCUUCGGAGUCUAACAGACUUCAUGGAGCACCCAGAAGUUGUCCUAUGCUCGGACGGCCACUACCGCAAGGCCAUAUACGGCAUCGGGCCUUACAUCGCCGACUAUCCGGAGCAGGCAUUAAUCGCAAGCAUCGUUCAAGGAUGGUGCCCGACAUGCAUCGCAAGGAACAAGGAUCUAGACGAGCCUGACCAGCCUCGCCGAUCGAAGGCGCACACGGAGACCCUGGUCGAGUGGAUUGAGCUCGGGAAGUUGUGGGAUGACUAUGGCAUCGUUGGAGACGUCGUUCCCUUCACGAGUGAUUUCGCUCGCGCCGACAUCCAUGAGCUCAUAGCCCCGGAUAUCCUUCACCAACUUAUCAAGGGAACAUUCAAAGAUCAUCUGGUAGCGUGGGUUGAGAGGUACAUCUACCAUACCUACACCAAAUCUAGAGCAGAUGAGAUUCUGGCAGACGUCGACAGGCGAUUGGCCGUUGUGCCUCCAUUCUCGAGGCUCCGAAGAUUCCGGGAGGGCCGCGGCUUCAAGCAGUGGACCGGGGACGACUCGAAGGCUCUGAUGAAGGUAUAUCUUCCGGCCCUCCACGGUCACAUACCUGCAGAUAUGGUUCGCGCGAUUCGCGCCUUCCUCGAGUUCGCCUACCUCGUCCGCAGGGACGUACACUCCCCACGGACGAUUAAGCAAUUGAAGGACGCUCUUGUGCGGUUUCAUCGCUACCGCGAGGCCUUCCGUAUGCCUGGUGUUCGCGACGAUUUCUCAUUACCUCGCCAGCAUUCUAUGGUCCACUACGAGAAGCGAAUCUGGGACUUCGGCGCUCCUAACGGUCUGUGCUCGUCGAUCACGGAGUCCAAACAUAUCAAGGCGGUCAAAGAGCCCUGGCGUAGAUCGAACCGGUACGAAGCACUGGGUCAAAUGCUGCUCACGAAUCAGCGCAUGGACAAGCUGGCUAUCAGCCGCGUCAUGUUCAACGAUAGGGGGAUGCUGCAGGAGAGCUGCCUCAGAGAGGCUCAGGCGGCUGCUGGUCAGAUACGGGAGAAACUCCACGCUCUGGCGAACGCCCUCAAAGUCCCGAACCUUACCGACCUCAUUCGCCGCUUCCUCUUCCGCCGCCUGAACCCCGAUAGCCCACAGACCGCCGCCGCUGUGCCCUUGGGCGACUGCCCUCCUUUCGACCAGGAUGUUUUCGUUCACCAGUCCGCCGAAGCGAUCUUCUACGCCCCAAGUGAUCCUUCUGGUGUCGGAGGAAUGCGCCGAGAGUUCAUCCGCGCUACUCCGGCAUGGCGAAAGAAGCAUCCAAGGUAUGAUUGUGUUUUUGUUAGCACUGGUAAGGAUCAGCCUGGAAUCCUUGGCAUGGAUAUUGCGCGUGUUCGUAGUUUGAUUUCUUUUAGAUACGAUGGCAGAAGAUACGAAUGUGCUCUGGUACACUGGUACACGCGCAUUGGCAACGCGCCGGACGAGGAUACAGGGAUGUGGAUGGUUAGACCGACCUUUUUGCGAGGUCGUCGUCCAUCCCUAGCUAUCAUCCAUGUCGAGUCAAUAUUUAGGGCAGCUCAUUUGAUAGGAGUUACCAAGGGUCAGCGGAUCGAUCUGGUCGACCUCGAGUACCAUCGUUCUCUUGACGUCUUCAACCGUUUCUACGUUAAUAAGUAUAUUGACCAUCAUGCAUUUGAGUUUCUACAUACCUAG